AUGGGCUCUCCUCCUCGGCGGCGCAGCUGUUCCUCCAUGGCGUGCGGCGGUACCCGCAUGGAGUGGUCCGAGCUGCCCGCUGACCUCGUGCUCGCCGUCUUCGCGCUGCUCCCCUCCGACGCCGACCGCGUCCGCUUCCGCGCCGUCUGCCAGAGGUGGGCCGCCGUGGCGGCGUUCUGGCGCCCGCGGCCGUGGCUCGUCGGCUCCCGCACCGACCGCUCCGGCCAGGGCGCCGCCAUGUCGUCCUUCUGGCUCUCCCAGGCCGGCCGCCUCGUGCCCUUCGCUGCCGCCGUGCCCCCCGGCCUGGAGUACCUCUCCUCCUCCCACGGCUACCUCGUGCUCUCCGACCCCACGGCCGUCCCCAAGGCGAUUACGCUGGUCAACCCCGUCACCGGCCGGCGCAUCCCGCUCCCUCCCAUCGCCUUCUUCAAGAGGUGGCACGACGUGGCCACCGUCGUGCUGUCGGCCGAUCCGGGCGGGGCCACCGAGUGGGCCGCGGUGGCCGCCGGCUUCCCGGCCGACCGCAUCGCGUACUACAGCUCCGCCACGGGAGCCUGGACGCCCCUGGCUUUCAGCGCCGCCGGGUACGCCGGGGUCGAGCACUACAGGGGGCGGUUCUACGUGGCCUUCAAGAAUCAGCUCUGCGUCAUCUGCGAGCUUGAGUGCGGCGCGCCCCCUGCCGUCAUCCCGCUCGAGCACGUCGAGGGCGACGGCGGCGGCGGUGGAUCCGACGACGACGAGCUGGUCCCAGGAAGCGGCAGGUCCGUCGCCCUCGACUCGCACCUGGUGGAGUGCGACGGCCAGCUGCUGCUCGUGUCGGUGCGCGACGAGACGGACUACAACUCGGACAACGACAUUGGCGCGGGCGACGCCGACGCCGACGACGAGGGCAGCAGCGCCGGCGGCGGCAGCACGCGCGUGGUCGAGGUGCACAGGGUGGAAUUAGUCGGGGACGGUGCUGUGCGGCUGGUGCGGGUGGAGGACCUCGGCUGGCACGCUCUGUUCCUUGGCCGGAACCAAGCGUUCGCGCUCUCGACGGCAGACUUCCCGGCGUGCCGCGUCAACUGCGUCUACCUCUUGGACAGGCAGGGCCACCCUGACGGGGUCGUCAGGGUGGUGAACAUGGAGAGCCAGUGGGCGCGCCUCGAGGAGACCAUCUACCCCGACGACGGCCGGCGAGGUUUGCCCUCGGUCGGCUGGGCUCGCCGUGGCUGGUUCUUCCCGAAUAAUUAA